AUGAACCUGUUCGUCGCCCCCCGCGACAAUUUCGGCCUGGUUAUCAACACGGAGAAAACGGUGGUUAUACACCCACCCUCAUCCAUCGUAGACUACAAUGCACCUACAAUCAGCCUGAAGGACGCCAACCCGCAAGCCAUGGACAACCUCACUUAUCUGGGCAGCACCCCUUCUCGCAACACCAAAAUCAAAAAUGAAAUUGCUCGCCGGAUUUCCAAGGCCACUCAAGAAUUCGACCGUCCUCAAUGCACUGUCUCGAAUCGUCAAGACCUUCACUUUGGCGAAAUCAAAGGUGUACAAGCCAGUCCUCCUGCCAACACAGUCGAAUAA